CCUGCACCGCUGUUUAUAGCCCCGUUCAUAAUUUCUCCCUUUCCUGUUCAUCAUUAUUAUUAUCCAAAGUGCCUUUUUGCUUCUGUUAGCAAAACUGGAAUCCCCCAUGCCCCAGUUUUAGCAGCUAAUGUCCACAAUAGGGGCAACUGAUCCAGCACAGGAGUUAAAUAUAACUGUGUCUAGUGCAAGGAGAAGAUUUAAUGGGAAAUGGUUGUCAUUCUUUCUUCCUAAAGGCACGGGAAGGGGAGGGGGGGGGAGAGAGGGAGACGUACACACACAGACACACACGCAUCCCACAGCGAGGGAAGAGGCAGAGAGCAGGCAAGGCAGAGAGGGAGCGAGGGUAGAGACAGAGAGAUCCCCAAGGCAGCCCUGCGCCUCUGAGGUGGAAGCUGCCAGGGCACAGCCAGCAUGUUGGUCCUCAGCCCGCUUGUCUGGGGAUCUUACCUGCAGCUUGUCUUCUGCUUUGCUUUAUCUCAGACUGCGUACGUUGACAAUGUCUUCUCAGUUUCAGCAGAUCUCCCUUGUUUGGAACAGAAGAAACAGCUCAACCUCAGAGCGUGCUGCCUCCUCAUCCCUCCUCCACCACCCCUCUUCCCACCACCGUCCUUCAGGCACGGCUGGAACACUAAACUCCUUGCACCGGAUAGGAAAGAGUUGUGUCAGGAGCACCCGAUGGUACAAGUUCCCUCUCUGCCCAAAUCAUAUUGCCCUGCAGGGCCACCUGGCCCCCAGGGCCCACAAGGAAUUCCUGGUAUAAUGGGACCAAAAGGGGAGAAAGGGGAGAUUGGCAGGCCAGGAAGAAAGGGUAGACCAGGUCCCCCGGGUCUCCCUGGAAUGCCAGGACCGAUAGGAUGGCCUGGACCUGUGGGACCAAAGGGUGAAAAGGGAGAGUUGGGUGUGAUGGGAUUGCCAGGUACAAGAGGACCAAUGGGCUCCAAGGGUUUUCCUGGAAGUAGAGGAGAAAAGGGAUCCAGAGGUGACAGGGGUGACAAAGGAGUCAAAGGAGACCAGGGAGAAAUAGGCUUCCCUGGAAUGCUGGGACAAAAAGGAGAGAUGGGCCCGAAGGGACAAUCGGGAGUACCAGGACACAGAGGACCUAUAGGAAGACCUGGAAAACGAGGCAAACAAGGGCUGAAGGGAGACACCGGACCUGCGGGUGUCAUGGGUCCGCCUGGAAGGCCUGGUCCUUCUGGCCAGCCAGGCCCCCCUGGACCUUCAGGAUCAGGGCAAUUCGCAAUAGGACCAAAAGGGGAAAGAGGACUUCCAGGACUUCCAGGGAGAUGUCUCUGCAGACCCCCACAGCACAUGAGUAACCCAUCGUAUGAGGAAUCUGUGUUUGGACACAGUUAUCCAAAAGUCCCUGUGAUUUUUGUGGUGAAUAAUCAAGAAGAAUUGGACCGGUUAAACACAGAAAAUGCCUUAGCUUUCAGAAGAGAUCAGAGAUCUUUGUAUUUCAAGGAUACCUUUGGAUGGCUCCCAGUCCAGCUAUCCCCUUUCUAUCCCAUGGAUUACCGCUUCAAGGAUGGUGAUACUUGUGGAGAUGGGAUUGUACAGGAUGGGGAAGAGUGCGAUGAUGGCAAUACGGUUGUGACUGAUGACUGUAUAAGAUGCCGCCGUGCUUACUGUGGAGAUGGGUACAGACAUGAAGGGGUUGAAGACUGUGAUGGAAAGGAUUUUGGAUAUUUGACAUGUAGAACAUAUCUCCCUGGGUCUUAUGGAAAAUUGCGAUGCACUUCUUAUUGCUACAUCGACUCUACACAGUGUCGAUACUUCACAUGAGGGGAGCAGAGGUGGGUAGCAUCCCACAUGCAGCAGGGUGCUAGGUGCUACACUGUCAUCUACCCAAGAAGGACUGGGACAAAAAAAAUACCCACCCACCUCUGUGUGAAAGCAAAGAAAGAGACAUCAUGCUGCUGACAGCCAUUCUGAGAUGUUUUUCUUCUGUUUUUAAAUUGUCAGAUUGGGAAAAAAAUAGGACCACUGCAUCCUGUCUUAAUAGAGAAAUGUCAAACGCUGUUUGCCAGUAAGAGCUUUGUGCGGCCGUGGGUGGCAACUCACGCUCCAUCACAAAUGCCAUGUUAAGCUACUGGAAACUGAGUUUCACUAACCAGGAAUAUCAUGUAACAAUUACCUCUUUUUAGCACUGCUAAACCUACAUGUAAGAUCUUCAGGGUUUCUGCCUUUGAACCUCCUCAGCAUAAACAUGAAGCUUAUCUUGGAUGCACUGUUUAUAGAGACUUUCUUUUAUUACAAUGUGAACUUUGCAAGUGUUGUAUCCACGAGUGAUGGCUUCAGUGACAUUAAGGGUAACUGUACACCUUCAUGGGUUGAAGAAGCAGAUGCCCUUCAGUAAAUGCUUUCAGGAUCAGCAAAUCAGUCAAAAAAACUAGUUAUCUUCACCUUUAAGCUAAGAUGUUUGGCUGUGUGCUUCUGCGCAAAUGCAUAGCAAUGCAAUCACAGGAGUCCUGAAACUGCAGAUCAGAAGGCCAAAAGGACAAAUAUACUGUGAAAUAACCAAGGAGAUCUCUCCCACGAGAGAAAUCAGACAAGGAGCGGAGAUAAAGAAGGAACAUGUUUCCGUAUUUUUUACCUUUGUGCUAAGCUGGCUGGGAUCUGUGUGACCCUGAAGGGGCUGGGACAGCAUUGGUCACCUGCCUGAAACUACAGCAUGACCAUGUACACAUUGCCCUCACUCUGGUUUCUGUACUGGAAGGUCUUCUCGUUUUCAUCCCCUUGUCCAUCCAACCUUCAUCACUGAAUCCCGGUUAUACCCUGUUCUCUCCCAUUUGUUGUUUCCGCUGUUGUGUCUGGGGUACCCCCACAAUAUGUUCUCACUUUUGUACUGCUGUAAAUCAGACAUUGGAGUAGGGUGUUCAUGGAUGCUUAUACAUGCUGUGUAAUGAACAGUGUAAUGUACAUGUAUUUUUGUUUUUAAGAAAGUUUGUUCAACUAUAUUAGCUCUGAUAGGAGUCAGGGUAAUUAUAUACUUAUUUAUUAGUAAGCAUUAAAGAUCAAAUUUCACAUGGGAAGCAUAUCAAAUGUUAUGUGUGAAAGAGUCUAUAACAGAGAAAAAUGAAGCAAUGGAUGUGCAGAAUACGGGACUAAAAGCCUCAAAUCAAGGUGUUAUUUUCAUACAAGCCCCUCUUUCCUGCUUCAUGAUCAAUGCUGCACACAACUGUUUGAAAUGCAAGAGUUAUCUGUACCAGUGACAGCACUGCGACAGCUGCACUCACACUGGUACUGCUGUAAAGGUUAAAUAAAGGUGGGUGUUGUGUUAUAAUGAUAAUGCAUUAAAGCAAUCAAGAAACGCACACAGCUUUCACCACCUGUAUAGAAGACUUUAACUCCGCAUGUCCAAAGUGAUACUGGAAACAACAAAAACCACAGUUAGUGUGCUCUUUGUGGCUAUCACUUACUUGGGCUAUUUAUGUUGCUAUGAAGCCAAGCCACCAGCAUCUGUAGCUCAGUUCAAAACUUUUCAUCUGGUUGCUUUUCUUCUUUUUAAAUAGAGGUCUUAAUAAAAGGUCGGGGAACCACUGGGGCAGGAACUUGCCAUAAGCUCUGGAAAUCUGGCCGCUAGCGCAACUGCCUUGUAAUUUCCCAUGCUUGUGCUGUGAUGGGUUCCAGCAACGUCACACCAUGCAAUAGCAUGCAUCCUGUCAGGAGGCUCCCGAGGACAGCCAUGCUUCCUGCAGCACAUCCUGCUGGCCAGCCCUCCAGAUGAACCUUUGGCAACAUCUGCCUGGUGUUACUAUCCUGGGCUUGGAGACACUUCAUCUGAACCCCUCACCUUCUCCAAGGAGUUCAUCUCCGCUCCCCAGAAGGCUGGAGUCUUUGGGAAAAUUGAUGAUUCCAGUGGCCUUUCAGGUUUGAGUCACAUCAUUUUUAAAAGCUCCUACCUCCAAAGGACAUUGGAGUUGCAAAGCGAAGUGUGUGGAAGGUAGGGAAUAUAAACAGCAGAUCUGAGCAUGUAGUACAAUUGUACUGUGCUGCACAUGUUUGAGGAAGGGGCAUAUUGGUCUGGCCAGAAAACAGUCACAAAGCAUGGAUUUUAAACGGACUUCGUUAAUACAGCACAAACAAUUCAGCAUCUUAACAGAAAGAAAUCAAUGUAAGAUAUAAGGGGAAAAAAAAAGAAGACAUGAAACAAGUUUCUCUGCCAUUAUUGUCUUGCUUCCCUCCGAUGAUAAAGCAUGAGGAAGACAUCUGGGAAGUUGUUAAGUAUAUAUGAUUUAAAAGGCUGCAAAAUAAAUCCUUCCUCUUUAUCUCUGACAUACCUGCUUUACCAUUAAUUGGGGAUUCUUUAGCUGGAUGGUGCCUGGAAUGUUGUGAAUUGUCUUCCCUCCUUCUCUGAGUUUCUUAACAUGUGCCAAGACUGAUUCAAAACUUAAUUGGGGUAUUGCAGUUCCUUGGCCUUUUGGAGCAGCAAAAGUUUGUGGGAGAGUUCUCUAGUGAUUAGCACACAGCUCUAGAGAAACACAAAACCAGUAUGACCCUACACCAUGCACUGUAUUAAAUGCCUACUAAAAAUCCAGCUUGCACUUAAUAUAUAAUUAAAUACAUGUAGUUAUCUACUGUGUGUAUUAGCAGCUCAUGUCAAUAAAUUGUGCUACCUUAGUCCUGCUA